UUACAGUUCUAAAGAUAAUCGGAAAUAAUGGAUAACUUAGACGACUCGGAGAACAAUGCGAAGAUUUCGGAUUCGGCCUACUCCAACAGCUGUAGCAACAGUCAAUCUAGGAGGAGCCACAGCUCGAAGUCCACGCAUUCGGGGAGCAACUCGAGUGGGAGCAGCGGUUAUGGCGGCAAGCCGUCCACGUCUAGCAGCAGUAAUAACUUGAGUCAGCCUUCAAAGAAGGAGAAAGAUUCGAAAAAGAAGAAGCAAAUACAGACGGAGAUAGUAACACCCGAGGUGCCGGAGCAGACAGACGUCAGGCCAGCGGAGCCAGUGCCGGUAUGCGCCGUGCCCAAAGAAGAAAUCAAAGAUGGUGGGUGAUGAUUUAUAAGAUCCGCUUUCUAUCGUAUUAUUGAAACUAGAUUUGACGGCACGCUCUGGUAAUAUUGAGUCGUCGUGUAUCGAUUAUGUGCCUGCAAUAAUGGCUCAGCCUUUGUAUAGAUGUUUUCAAUUGUGAGUUUCACUGGUCAUGUUCGUUAUUUGUAUGACUGUAUUCUUCAAUUUCAUAUGGCUGCUAAUUAUGAUGUGCACUACGCGCGGGCAUGACUAGAGUGUGAACUUCUUUUAUAAUUGUAAUUCAUUGUGUAAUUAAAGUUAACGAAUUUGGUUAUCAGUUAUAAGAUUUAAUUCUGCUAUUUUACUUAGAAGUAUCUGAAAGUUGUGUACUUGCUAAAUUAUUUUUAUAUCCGUGUGACGCACGCGACGGAUAUUUUUUAAUUUCCAGUUAAAUUAUGUUGAAAAUAAUAAUUAUAUUAUGAUCCCAAACUAAAGCUUUUAUUGACGAUUUUUUUUUUGUUAAUUUCUGCUCUAGUCAUGCCCCACAAGGUUCAUUAUAUUUAUGCACAAUAAAUGCACAUAUAUUAAUAUUAUGUGGGUUAUCUUUAUUCUAUAGGUUCUCGCAUUUGGAUAUGGCGUCAUAAUAUACCAGAUGAUAUAUUUUUCAAACACAGUAAAAUACACUAUACACUUAGACAAUUAUGGGUAAUUACAUGUUAAUC